CUGGAGACGCGCGGGAGGUCGAAGGGCUAGGGGGUGAUGGGCGUGAGCAGGUGGGCUGGGGAGAGGCCAGGCGCCCCGGAUGGUUUUGAGUGCCUGCGGGGAGUACAUAACCUCGUAAGGUCCCCACAGGUUUGGGAGAACCACCCUGCGUCAAGUUAUUGGUUCUGCCAGCAAUGGAUGCAGGAAGACAAACAAAUCCCAGCAUCUCGUUAUAUCUUCACCCCAAGUCUUCAUGAAAGAAGCUCAUUUUAAGACUUUUGUUGUGGGGCAAUAAAAACAAUCUGGGCUUGGCAAGAUCAGAUAGGUGUAUACAGACUUCUCUUUCAAGUCUGCAGGCUGGAAAAGAAAUCGACACAAGAGAGAUUAGCAAGAGAAAAGACCAGCCUCAAUUACAGAAUGUCCUGGGGUGAAAUCUGAGAAAACACCCUCCUUGGGCUCUACCCCCGCUACCCCCACCUCGGGAGAGAAGUUGAUAUGACCACCUGGUGGAGGCCUCCUGUGUCCCGUCCUGAUGAGACAGUCCACCGGCCCUUGGACCCACUGGUCGUAAAGCAAUCACCAGGAUGAGGGCAGCUGGACCUGGGGGGGAUGGUAGGACACGCCAGAGCGACGUGGUCUGGAAUAUGGCUUCCUCUCCCUGUGCCAUGGGCCCCAUGGACAGCCUGGAGCUGCUGGACCUUCUGUUUGACCGCCAGGAUGGCGUCCUGAGACACGUCGAGCUAGGCGAGGACUGGGGCUCUGCGGAGGACCAGCAGGUCCUGCCAGGCCCAGACUCGGAUGACUUCCUCAACUGCAUCCUGGCUUCUGGAGACUCGGUGCCCAGCUCUCCUCUCUGGUCUCCUGCAGCCAGUGACAGUGGCAUCUCUGAAGACCUGCCCUCUGACCCCCAGGACACCCCUCCACGCAGUGGACUGGCCACCACCCCAGUCAACUACCACACCCCAGAGUCUUGCUCCUCCUAUGGUCCCGCGACCCCCUGCCCUGCCAGGACCCCGGGCCCAGGGGCCCAGGCGCUCGAGGCCUCUGUAGCCAUAGAUCUAGAAAUGUGGAGACCGGACCUCUACCCAGAAGAGCAAACGCAGCUACCACACUCGCCUCCAGGCUGCAACCUCACGGUGAAAGAACUCCUGCUCUCUGGCAGUGGCGGGGACCUGCAACAGCAUCAUCCCACAGCCCCUCACAUGUUGCGGCCUGGGAUGGGGCACAGUCAGGACCUGGUGUUGACCGAGGAUGAGAAGAAGCUGCUGGCCAAAGAAGGCAUCAUGCUGCCCACCCAGCUGCCCCUCACCAAGUAUGAGGAGCGAGUGCUGAAAAAAAUCCGCCGGAAAAUCCGGAACAAACAGUCUGCCCAAGAAAGUCGGAAAAAGAAGAAGGAAUAUAUCGAUGGCCUAGAAAGUCGAAUGUCAGCCUGCGCUGCUCAGAACCAGGAACUUCAGCGAAAGGUCUUACAUCUUGAGAAGCAGAACCUGUCCCUCUUGGAGCAGUUGAAGAAGCUGCAGGCCAUCGUGGUACAGUCCACCAGCAAAUCAGCCCAGACGGGCACCUGCAUAGCUGUGCUGCUGCUCUCCUUCGCCCUCAUCGUCCUCCCCUCCAUGAGCCCCUUCACCCCCAACAAAGCCGAGAGCCCUGGAGACUUCGCACCUGUGCGAGUCUUCUCUAGAACAUUGCACAAUGAUGCUGCAUCCCGUGUGGCCCCUGAUGUCACGCCAGGCUCCGAGGCUCCAGGACCUCAGCUCAAGACUGGCACAUCCCGAGAAGAUCCCCCAGGAAGCCCUAGGGAAGACUGGGAGUCCCAAGACUUGCAGUCUCUGGACAAUUCGACAGAGGAACUGGACAACUCAACCCUGGCCCAGGGCAACAUGAUGGAGGAGCUGGACUGGACCUCCCUGCUGGACUGGGCCACCUUGCUGGACUGGGCCUUGACUAAACCAGUGUUCAACCCAGGGCUUGUGGGUCUGGAGGCACCAGGGGAGGAGCUGUGAGCAGGACCCAGACAUGCCCCCAGGCCUCUCUGCUCACUGAGGGCACUUCACUGAGCACUCGGAGGACACCUGGUGUGGGGACUGGAGGUGAGGCAGAGAUGGCGGUGGACACGCCAGGAUGGCCACGCACAAAUUCAGAUAUUCACCCAGGACCCAGACACCCGCAGAAACUGAUGCUCAGAGGCCAGAGCCUUAGAAAUACACAGGCCCAGCCACAGGAGACAGGCAGCGCUCGCAGGCUGAGCGGCAGACAAGCCAACACCCACAGGCAGUCACCUCCCAGCUCCUGGCAGCGGCCGCAGGACUCCUCCCUGCCCAGUUGCACUGGGAGGAGGAAGCAGCUAAGACCGCAGGGAUCCUGGCCCCAGAAAAGGAGCUGAGUUCUGAAUUGGGGGUGGCCAUGGCCCUCAACGAUACCCUUUUUUAAGACUGCCUUGAUCCUUAAUAAAGUAUU